GCUAUAGAACGUUCCAGGAAUUUAAGAUUGCAACGAAUUGCCUACAGAAAAUUGUUGUACGAAACUUUUCGCGCAGGCGCCAAUGGAGACGGUCUCUGCCAUACGGUCACUCUUUCUUCCCAAUCGCGAAAGCAAUCUUUAACAGCGAAGAAGACAGUCGUGAGAUAUGGCUAAGAGCAUAUGUAACCAGAGCUAUCGCAACGUUCAUUAUAAAUCGGACACCGAAUACACGAUCAUCGUCCCUAGAACGUUGCUAAUACCAAGUGGCAUAUGGCCGCUACGUAAAAACGACACGUUCCUGCAAACCAGUAGAACAAUCGUUCAGAUCGGAGCGAUAUUCGGUUUGAUGUGUUUCUUGUUAGUACCUCACGUAAUCUACACCUUCCACGACUGCGAGGAUCUAACGCGAUACAUGAAGGUAAUCGCAGCACAAGUAUUCAGCCUUUUGGGGAUCGUCAAAUUCUGGACCAUGAUCUUCAAUAAAAAACAAAUCGGUCAGUUGCUGACGGAUUUAGAGCUGCAGUAUAGGAACAUCGAAUGCGAGGAUGAUCGACUAGUUUUGAAAAGAUCUGCAAAGAACGGUCGUCUUUUCACGAUAGUGUAUCUAAUGAUUAUCUACGGAGGUGCUCUCCCGUAUCAUAUCAUCUUGCCUUUUAUGUCCGAGAGAGUUGUCAAGAGGGACAAUACUACGCAAAUACCUCUGCCUUACCUAAGCAACUAUGUUUUCUUCGUGAUCGAGGACUCGCCGUUUUACGAGAUGAUGUUUGUUUUGCAAAUGCUGAUCAGCACUAUAAUACUGUCCACCAAUACGGGAAUUAGUAGUCUAAUCGCCAGCACCGUGAUGCAUGCUUGCGGUUUGUUCAAGAUUGUCAACAGAAAGAUCGAGACAUUUUUCAACGACGAUAAGGACGAAUUGCAUGUGCGCCUCAAUCGGAUAAUCCAUCAUCAUCUGGAAGCAAUCGAAUUUGCUGCGUUGAUCGAGAAAUCUUUGACCAUAGUGUUUCUCUCUGAAAUGAUUGGCAACACCGUCAUCGUAUGUUUCCUUGAAUACGGAGUGCUCGUGGAGUGGGAAGAUCACAAAACAUUCAGCACGAUAACGUAUUUCGUUCUGAUGACGUCGAUCUUCGUGAAUGUGUUUAUAAUAACGGUUAUCGGCGAUCUUCUCAAACAGGAGAGCGAGAGAGUAGGACAAGUGUUGUACUUCAUGCCGUGGUACGAUCUUCCUAGAGAUAUAGCCCAAAAUGUAAGAAUGAUGAUACUCAGAACUUGUCGUCCAACUAAUUUGACUGCCGCUAAGAUAUUCGACGUCUCGCUUCAAGCAUUUUGCGACGUUUGCAAAACUUCGGCGGCGUAUCUGAACUUUCUGCGAACGAUGACGGCAUGCAACGAGAACUACGAUAACGACAUGAGACUAAACGUCCAGCUGAACGUCUGGACGCUGAAGACAAUCGGCACUUGGCCAAGAACCGUCGAUCGUUCUUUGUUCGAGACCGUCGAACGCCUGUUACUCAACGUUCUUUGUCAGGGUUUGCUCGCGUUCAUUCUGAUUCCGUGCAGUAUGUACAUCGUCCUGGAGAUCAAGGACUUUUACAAUCAGUUGAAACUCGGCAGCGCUCUCAGUUUUUUCAUGAUGGCGGUGAUGAAGUAUUGCGUUCUGUUUGUUCGCGAAGACGACAUACGUCGCUGCGUGAAAUACAUCGAAGCAGACUGGAAGAAUGUUAAAUACCGGAGUGAUCGUGAGAUCAUGCUGAAGAACGCGAAGUUUGGACGACGACUAAUUAUGAUAUGCGGAGCGUUUAUGUACGGCGGCGUUAUCUUUUAUUAUAUAGCUCUACCGCUCACACGUGCGAAGAUCGUCGAAGAGGGCGGGAAUCUUACCUAUAGAAGACUGGUCUACCCUUUUCCCAAGAUACUUCUCGACGCACGACGCAGUCCCAUUAACGAAAUUUUCUACGCGAUUCAAUUGUGCUCUGGCUUCGUUGCCCACAACGUUACAGUCGCCGCUUGCGGUUUGGCCGCGCUUCUCGCGAUGCACGCUUGCGGACAGCUGCAGAUUCUGAUGAAUUGGAUGGAUAGGUUGGUGGAUGGGAACGAAAAUGACACUGAGACUUUAGACCAGAGGUUGGCGAACAUAGUGGAGCAGCACGUUCGAACGAUCAAAUUUAUAGAUCUCACAGAGAAUUUGCUGCAUGAAAUUUCCUUAGUGGAAGUCGUGGGCUGUACCUUGAACAUAUGUUUUCUUGGGUAUUACUCGAUGAUGGAAUGGGACCCUAAACAACCAGUCAGUGGUAUGACAUAUGUAAUCCUACUUAUAUCCGUUACAUUCAACAUUUUUAUAUUCUGCUAUAUCGGUGAACUCCUAGCGGAACAGACCGUGAAAGUUGGCGAAAAGUCGUAUAUGAUCGAUUGGUAUCGAAUGCCUGGAAAGAAAAGUUUAGCUGUACCUUUGAUGAUGUCCAUGUCCAACACAACCACCAAGAUCACAGCGGGAAAUCUAAUCGAGCUUUCGAUUAGUAGUUUCGUGAUGGCAGUGACGAAAGGUCAGAUAGUAGAACACGAUUUGGAGAAAUAUGUAAAUCUCAGCGUUCAGUGGAAUCGGUGGCUGCUGAAACCUUUGGGUAUCUGGCCAAAUUUCCCUGACACUACACGGAUGGACAAAUACUGCAGUUGGCUCCUGAUUGUUAUAUGCUACAUUCUGAUAAGUUUCUUUUGCGUACCCUGCGGCUUGUAUAUGAUCAUAGAAGCAGAGAGUGUCUACGACAGAAUCAAACUGUUCGGUCCGUUGACUUUCUGUAUGACUGCGUACUUGAAAUAUUAUUCGAUAAUCUCACGCGGAGAUGAUAUUCGUGAGUGCGUCAAGCGUAUCGAAUGGGACUGGAAUCACAUAAAACACUUGGAGGACCGAGACAUUAUGAUAUCGAAAGCGAAUUUCGGAAAACGAUUAAUAAAAACCUGCGCUUUCUUCAUGUACAGCGGUGCUGUUUUUUACUAUGUUAUCGUACCUAUAAGAGUCGGCAAGGUCAAGAUAGAAGACGAAAAUGUCACCUUCAUUCCGAUUCCGAUGCCUUUCCCGAGACAAAUACUCGAUACUCGCUACAGUCCGACUAACGAGAUCAUCUUCUCGAUUCAGGUUUUAGGCGGGGUACUCAUUCAUGCAAUCUCCGCUGGUGCAUGCAGCUUGAUCGCUGCUUUCGCGAUCCACGCUUGUGGUCAAAUGGAAAUUAUAAUGUGCUGGCUCGGACAUUUGGUAGACGGUCGGCCGGAUAUGUGCGAAACCGUGGAUGGUAGAAUUGGAAGCAUCGUGAGUCAACACGUUCGAAUAAUAAAAUUCUUGGCUCUCAUAGAGAAGGCAAUGUCACGAAUAUCUCUCAUCGAAGUUUCCGGAUGUACAUUAGACAUGUGUCUUGUCGGAUAUUAUAUUAUCAUGGAAUGGAAUUCAAAAGACAUGACUGCCACUGUAACGUAUGUCAUAAUAUUUACAUCUCUUUUCUUCAGUAUCUUUAUAUUUUGUUACAUAGGCGAACUCGUCGACGAACAGUGUGCAAUGGUUGGCGAAACAUCGUAUAUGAUCGAGUGGCAUCGACUACCAGAGAGGAAGCAACUUAGCAUGAUCUUAGUAAUUGCGAUGUCCAAUGCGACGUCAAAGCUUACAGCUGGAAAUAUCAUUAUAUUAUCCCUCGACAGUUUCAGCUCCGUUGUUAAAACAUCGUUUGCUUACCUAAAUAUGUUGAGAACUAUGGUUUAA